AUGCCGGUGCCGCUUCCCGAAUACGUUCAGGUGCUCGAGUGGCUCACCUUUGACGCGGAGGCGCUGCGGUCCGUCGUCUGGUGCCACGUCCACAAGGUCAAGUACUACGACUAUUUGAUUUUUUACACGCUCGUCUUCCCCGUCGUCCUCGCGGCGGGCCUCCUCGGCGCCGUCGCGCGCGGCGCGGCCCGCGCGCUCCGCGCGCGGCGCCGGGACGCGGCCAAGGCCGGCGGCGAGAAGCGCCGGAGCUUCCUCGCGCGGACGCGGCUCGGCCGCGAGGUCCGCGCCGUGCUCAAUUUAUGGCUCGUCGUCGUCACGGUGUUCCACAGCGCCAUCUGUUCGUCCAUCUUCGUGCUCUUCCAGUGCGAGGACCCCACCGGCAGCGAGCAGAAAAAGCAUUCGCACUGGGACAAAACCUACAUAGACCGGAUGGCCCACUACGACCGAGGCGCGGGGAAGAAGAACGCGCGGUACCUCGCGGCCGACUGGCAGAUCCGCUGCAACUCCCAGGUCUACCAGGCCUACCGCAUCUACGCCGUGCUCUGGGCCUUCGUCUACGCCGUAGGCCUCCCCGCGGUCUUCUUCGUGCUCCUCCGCCGCAAGCGCGUGGGCCGGGGCGCGCAAAAGCGCAUCGGCGGCGUCGUCGACGACGGACCGCUCUCCUUCCUGACGGACACCUUGAAGCCCGAGUUCUGGUGGAUGGAGAUCGCGGCCAU